AUGCAUGGCGACAUUGAUCAAUUAAAGAAUGUUGUUACCUUGAUGAAAGCCAAGAACAUUCAAUUUGAAGAUGUUGAAAAAGCUAUCGAUCAUAUAAUGGGGGUCGGUGGCAUGGUCGAUUCAUAUUGUGGUCUUUCGAAUUACUCGGAUCGAGUUGUAGAACUUUUACAUGUCCUGGAGCUGCAGAUUUAUGAGGCGGCGGAUCAAUUGAAUAGUAAUUUCAAGGACACCACAUUUUUUGUGAAUAUCGUGGAACCAGUUUCCAGAUUACUCAAAUUCACAUCUGCUGCUAUCAGAAAUCACAACCAAAAAUUUUUGAAGCAAGUUUACAAAGAAUUUGAAAAUAACCCACCACUGAGGUUGACCUACAUGCUAUCAAGUUAUUUAGAGCACGAUGCCAUAAAUCCAAUGAAAGCGAGCCAGAGCAGCAAAGGGGAGGAGCUAGCCCAAUGUGUGAUGGGGAUCCUUCUAUUCCUCGACGCAUUCUACAUUGGUCUCACUGGUCAAUACGAUGAUACGGCGGAGUUGAGAAGGGAGGUCAGAGUGGUGUUGGGGAAGAUGGAUAAGUUAAGUCAUUUAGGGAUUUAG